AUGACGUUCAAGCAUUUAGCGGUGCUAUUGACGUGCAUGCUGGCCACUGUAGCCAGUGCCGACCCCGGCGUAGUUGAAAGCACAACGACCCCAAACGUUGACAGCUCUAACAAUGAACUGUCUGAGCCCCAGUUUGCUUCAACCAAUGAAAUGGUCAAUAACCUCUACAAUACGGUUGUUUCCGAAAACUACGAUGAUGCGGUCUCCCAGGCCUUAAACUGUAUGCGCUAUCAUCGACCCGACGUCAUUAAAUCAGCCGUCAACUUGUUAAUUGAACACAAAAGAUCAUAUAUUGCCGGUUUCGCAUACAAACUGGCGGCUGCCGGUGGCGCAGAUAUUGUAAGGUCCCAGUUCCCAACGGCGUACAGAAUGGUGCUAAACGAUACUUUUAUAAAAUUCAUCAACUACCAAGAUCGCGUUUCCUUUGAAUUAGGCCCAACUCCGGACUUUGCCGACGACAAGAGGCUCUACGGCAACCACCGUCACCCGCACAGCCAGAAUUACCAUUGGAAGCUCGAGCCCGUGGUGGACGGUAAAAUGAUUUAUUUCAAGAUACGUCAUCGUCUAGAAGAUAGGUACUUGAAGUUUGGCAACCACAUGGAUGGCGACGGCGACUAUGAAGCGUAUGCUUCCGUAAACUCAGACACGAACAGGCAUCUGUGGUCAUUCCAGCCUGCGAUGUACAAUGGGGAACUGUUGUUCUUCAUUAUCAAUCGUGCGCAUGUCCAAGCGCUAAAGCUCGGCAGAAGCGUAUAUGUAGGUGAUCGCAUCCUCUACGGUCAAGGUGGAAACUUUGUCGCCCACCCUGAACUUUACGGCUGGACCAUCGAAACUCUCGGAAAUAGUACCAGUUCAUAA